AUGGCGACGGGUGCCAUUUCCACGGAGUGUAAGAAAAUAUCAGAAUUAAGAGUUGUUGACCUUAAAUCCGAACUCAAACGAAGGAAUUUAGACACAUCGGGUGUAAAGAGCGUCCUUCUUUCGAGACUGAGACAGGCUGUUGAGGAUGAAGGUGGUGACCCAGAAAACAUUCAAAUCCACCUUCCAACUGAUGCUUCAACUCGGAAAAGUGGAAAAACUAAAGGGAAAAAAGUGGAUUCAGAUGCGGACACCACAGGGGAAGAAGAUGUGUUUUCCAAGGAAACUGAAGAGUAUGAAUCAGAAAAAGAUGUAACUGAUACAGAUGAUGGUACUCGUGAAAAUACUAAGCCUGCACCCUGUGAGGACAGCCUCGUUCAGCCUGAGGCUGAGGCUGAACCAGAGUCAGAAGCUGUGGCGCCUGAGGCUGAUUCAGAGCCUGAGCCAGAGCUGGAUGCUGAGGCUGAGCCAGAGGUCGAUGCAGAUGCUGAACCAGAGGUGGAUGAGGAUGCCGACCCAGAGAUGGAUGGGGAGGCCGAGCCAGAGGUGGAGACCGAACUGACUGAGAUGGAUGCUGAAGCCUUGAAUUCCUCUAAAGAAGCUGAGGAUGAUCACCUAUCUGUCUCAAUCCCAAAUGAAGAUGCCAUCACCCUAGAUGUUGAUGGCGACGAUCUCCUGGAAACAGGUAAACAUGUGAAACUUCCAGAUCCAGAUGCCGAGAAGGGCACCGAUGUGCCAGAGGCCUCUGCUGAGAUGGGUCCAGAUGAUGACAUGAAGGUGGAAGAGACGCACGGCCACAAAGAUGGUAAGAAAGAUGACGGAUCCAGGGGUGAGCCCAUGAAGAAAGACAGCAGAGAGGCCUUGAAGAAAGCUGAAACGGGAGAUAAAGAAAAGGAUUCUGGGAAGAAAGGCCCCUCCACUACUGGGGCAUCAGGUCAAGCAAAGAGCUCUUCGAGAGACAGAGAUGGAAAAGCUGCAAAAGAUGAAAAGGGAGUUGUUAGCAGCAGCAACAGCAGCUCUUCUCGCAACAUUUGGGUGAGCGGCCUGUCUUCAAACACCAAAGCAGCUGAUCUAAAGAACCUGUUUGGCAAAUAUGGGAAGGUUUUGAGUGCCAAGGUGGUUACAAAUGCUCGGAGUCCUGGUUCGAAGUGUUAUGGCUUGGUGACGAUGUCGUCCAGUACAGAGGUGACACGGUGCGUCUCCCACCUUGACUGUACAGAACUCCAUGGACAGCAGAUAUAUGUUGAAAGGGCCAAAAAUGACCCGUUCAAAAAAGAAGGCUCAAAGAAAGAAGCAGAGGACAAAGCAAGUUCCAGCAAAUCAAGUGAUAAGCGCAGUUCCGCAGGGAUAAAGUUGACCAACAAAGCACCACCAUCUUACAAAAAAGAAGACAAGAAAUUGGAAAAACUCUCCGAAAAGGACAAAGAUCUAUCCAAGAAACAGGAGGCUAAAAGUGGAAAAUCUGAGUCUGUUUCAUCGAACUCAGGACAAGAUUCUUUGAAGAAAGAUGACAGAAAACAUGGCCGUGCUAAGAGCCCAGGCAAGCUGAUGAUGGUACAUCAUCCCAAAGGAGAUUCUAAUUUUGGAAAAAUGAGACCUUUCAGGAGGGGACGGUAUUUUGAUAAACCCUUUGUCAACAUGAAUGCUCAAAGGCAGCCAAAAUGGUUGAUUCCUCCUGAAGAGUUGGAGAUGAUGAAAGACAAGCAGCGAUCUUUUGCUAACAAGGGGGAAGAAAUCCUGCCUUUUGAGAAGAUGAAGGAGCAGAGGAUGCGUGAACGGAUGGCUCGUGUGGAGCGUGUCCGGAGAGCUGUAGAGUUGCGGAGGCGGCGUGAAAUUGCUGAACGGGAACGACGAGAGCGUGAGCGCGUCCGUCUGUUACGGGAGCGUGAAGAACGGGAGAACCUACUCCGGGAGCGCCAGAGAUUGGAGAUGGAGAGACAAAAACUGGAAAGGGAGCGCCUGGAAAGGGAGAGGCUUGAGAGGGAGAGGGUCCGUAUCGAGCAGGAACGGCGUAAAGAAGCAGAGCGGAUGGCACGCGAACGUGAGGAGCUGCGGAGGCAGCAGGAGCAACUGCGUUAUGAGCAAGAAAAGAGAAACAACCUCAAAAGAGGCCGUGAAGUGGAACACAGUCGGAGAGACGAUCCCUAUUGGAAUGGCAACAAGAAGAUGCAGUCUGAGUCUGAUGUCCGUUUGAACCAAGGCUCGAACUACAACCGGCAGCAGAACCGCUUCUCAAACUUCAAUCCCAGAGAGAGAGGUCGCUUUCCAGAGACAGCUGCCGAGCAGCCCAACACAUAUGACAGACGUAACCGGUUUGACGGUGAGCCGGACAUGAAAAAGAGUCGCCCUGCUCCUCACAGAGAGAGCUCCGGCUUUGAGCGCUACCCCAAAAACUUUGAAACAGUCCGCAGAGCUGAGCCACCUCCUCCUCCUCCACGCACUGAACUCCGGGACACAGACCGCAGGGAGAGAGAUGAGAGGCGGCCUGUGCCCAUGCAUGAUCGUCCUAUGGGAGCCAGAGCUACAAUGCCGAGCAUGUCGCACAACCGCUCACCCAGGGACGGAGGUCAUGGCUGGAAGAGUGAUGCCGCAAUCAACUCCAACAAGGGUGAUAUACGAGGACCUAUGCGCAUGCGUGCAGAGCGAUCAGGCAGAGACGGCCCAGGCCCUUCGCUUAGAGGAGGCUCCUCGAACAGCCGAGGGAGGAGCAGCUUUAAUGAUCGAGAUGGAAGGCCCAUUGUGAUGAGUAAUCAGCCAUUCAGCUCUGGCCGGCAGGUGGUAGUGGAACGUCACAGCAGGGAGCAGGGAAUGAGGAAGGAGUGGCACAGCGGAUCAGGCUCGCAGGAAAGGGGCUUCCCUGAUAAUCGCAGGCUAGGAGACAGCCGCGGCAGCAUGAUGGCUCCUUCCAGUCACUCUUCGUCUGGACUGAACCGAAUCGUACAGAUCACCAGCAACUCCAUUCCCAGUGGUGGCAACGUGGGUGGGUUCAAGCCCUACAAAGGAACGCAGCGGCAGUUCUAACUGCAACCAAAAUUUGAAGACUUUUCUGAACUCUUUAUUUUUAGGAUGUCAACUGUUUUAGGUGGGACAUUUGUACCCACAAUGUUGAUAACACUAUUUUAUUUUGUAUAGACAAGUGUUGACCUCAGUCUAGGGUUUCCCUCUUCUGUUAUCGUUAAGCAACCCCGUGCACAUGUUUUACUUACAUUUAGGAAGAUAAUGUACAGCCCUAGGUAUUUGUAACAAGUUUUCAAGUGAUGUUACCAACUUCUCCUCUAAUUGAGUGUUGUAUGUACAUUUUCAAUAGCCUAGUAUCACACUCAGUUUUCCUGUGUAAUAUGUCUUAUUUUAGUGUAUUAUAGAGCUCAUAAAGUGACGAGAAUCAAGAAUCAAUCAGUCGUUUGUAUGUUUCUCUGAGGAAACAAAUAGGACAUAGGACUAAUUAUUUUGAGAAGUUAUAUUUGGUGUGGAUUUCCUGUUUUGUAAAGAUCGGUUGGAUUUGAUAAAAACAUUGUUAGACUGUAAACUAGCCUGCAUUGUAGCAAAACGCCUCUUACAGGCUGAGUUGAAUUAUUUACGGGCCUAAUAAAAUGUAACUUUCCAGUCCUGUUACCACGGGUCAGUCCCUGAAAGGACCGUAACACAUGAUUUUGAUAUUUUCUCAUUGUUCCAACCAACAAUUCUGUAAAUUUGAUUACACCUGACAAUCAAAUCAUGGCACCAUUAAUGGUGGUUUGAUUUCUUCAGUCAGUUCACAGCCUGUAGUCUGAGUUUGAAGGUGUGAUUUUGUAAAUAACAUGAUAUUGAGACAGGAUUAUUUAACAUUAUUUAACCCUGUGAUACAAGCAGAAAGUAUUUUGGCAACAUUUUAGAAAGUUUGAGUCUGAAAAAUGUGGUACAGCAUAAAAUCUGCACUUUGAGGUUGAUACUUGAGUGCAACAGACAUUGUGUCAGCUGUCACUCAACCAUCACCUUUAACUCAUAUGGCUUUCCCAGUCAUUUCAGUUUUAUUCAUUUUUUCAUUUGAGAACUGUUUAUAAAGAUGUUUCUUGUCCUUUUACAGUUUGACCAACACAUUCAGGUCUGCACUAUGUUUAGUUACACUCUUUACCGUCACACCUCUCAGAAUGUGUUGAGAAAGCUUGAUUAAACAACAGAAAACUGAUAAGCAGAA